AUGGCCCGGGGCGUCCACGCGGGGGCGGUCUCCGCGGGGGCCGGGCCUGGGGACGCGGUAGGCCGAGAACUCCCCCGGGAGAGGUGGUGUGGGUGGAGCGGGCUCGCCGGCCACCAGAUACGGGGCCGGUCUGGGUACCCCGCAGGCCCCCGAGGGCUCAGAGCUGGGGCGGCGCCCCGGGCGGAGGCACAGGCCCGGCCUGGGGGGUGCCUCCGGAAGAUCGGGGCUCCCCGGAGCCACCCAGCGGCGAUGUGUGGGUGCCUCGGGGCAGGCCCCCUGCAGCGGCCUCAGAGCUGUGGGUGUGCUGGGCGGGGGGCAACUGGGUAUGGCGCGACUGGGGUCGCUCCGCGGAGGCUACUGUUGGGCAACCAGAUAAGGUCUGGACUUUGCGCAAAGGGACGGGUGGAAAUUGAAAAGUGGAGCCGGGGACCGGGAGGGAAGGAAGAGCUGGGGGUGAGCAAAGGGGCGGGGCCCUGGCUGCUGUGGCCUCCCCUGACCCCCUCCCCUCGCUGCUGGGGUCCUCAGGCAAGCCCCCUUCUCACUGAACUGAGACAUGAGGCUGAGCUGGGUCCUGACAGUACUGUCCAUCUGCCUGAGUGCCCUGACCACUGCUGCGGGGGCCGAGGGCAAACGGAAGCUGCAGAUCGGGGUCAAGAAGCGGGUAGACCACUGUCCCAUCAAGUCGCGCAAGGGGGAUGUCCUGCACAUGCACUACACGGGGAAGCUGGAAGAUGGGACAGAAUUUGACAGCAGCCUGCCCCAGAACCAGCCCUUUGUCUUCUCUCUGGGCACAGGCCAGGUCAUCAAGGGCUGGGACCAGGGGCUGCUGGG